AGUCCGUACUUCACACAACUCUCUCUCUCUUCUCUCAUGUGAAAUGGCAGACACCAGUAUUUUAUGGGCUGAGGAGCAGUUCAGAUGCUCCAUCUGUCUUGAUCUACUCAAGGAUCCAGUGACCAUACCAUGUGGACACAAUUACUGUAUGAGAUGUAUUGGAUGCUAUUGGAAUCACGAUGAACAGAGAGGAGCUUACAGAUGCCCACAGUGCAGAAAGAGCUUCGCUUCAAGACCUGUUUUAUUUACAAAUGUAUUGCUGGCUGAAAUGGUGCAGAAACUGAAGAAGAUCACAAAUCAAGAUGAGAAUUCAGAUGAACACAGAAAUCAUCACACUGUACCAGCCGUGGCAAAAAUGACCAAGAUACAGGGUCAUUUGGGGCAAAUGCAAAAAAACUGUCAGCAGAAGAUUCAACAGCGAGAGCGAGAACUUGAAAAGCUAAAAGAAGCUGUGGAGUCACAUAAGCGUUCUGCACAGACAUCAGUGGAGAAGAGUGAGAAGAUCUUUACUGAACUCAUCUCAUGCAUUGAGAGAAGUCACUUUGAGGUGACACAGCUGAUCAGAGAUCAGGAAAAGACUGCUGUCAGUCAAGCUGAAGGUCUCUUGAAACAGCUGGAGCAGGAGAUUAAAGAUCUGAGGAGGAGAAAAGCCGAGCUGGUGAAGCUUUCACAAAAUCAGGAUCAAAAUUAUGUCCUCCAGAGCUGCAAGUCUCUUUCUGUCUCUGGAUCUUCAAAAUUACCCAGAAUCGAUGUCAGUCCUCUCCUCUCUUUUGAUGAUGUUGACAAAUCUCUUAAUAAACUCAGAGACAAACUGCAAAGUUUCUGUAGAGAGGAAAUCAAAAUGAUAUCUAGUACAGUGAUAAAAUGUCAAAUCAUUUCCAGUCCACUAGAUGAAAACCGAGAGGAUUUUCUCAAACAUUUCCGUCAGUUUACUCUGGAUCUAAACACAGUAAAUAAAAACUUUCGUCUGUCUGAAGGGAACAGAGCGAUUACAGACACGGACACCACCUAUAAAUAUCCUGAACAUCCCGACAGAUUUCAUGGUUGGAAGCAAGUGUUGUGUAAAGAGAGCGUGAGCGAUCACUGUUACUGUGAAGUUGAAUUGACUCGGAGUAAUGCCGUGUCUAUAUCAGUGUCAUAUAAGAGCAUCGGUCGAAAGGGAAUGGAUGAUGAAUGCAGAUUUGGAUAUAAUGAUCAAUCCUGGAGAUUAUUCUGCUCUCCUUCCAGAUUCUCAUUCUGUCAUAAUAAAAAAGUCACAGAUCUUCCAGUAAUAAGCAACUGUUGUAGAAUAGGAGUGGAUGUGGAUCACAGCGCAGGCGUCUUGUCUUUCUACAAUGUCUCUGAUACAAUGACACUCAUUCACAGAGUCCAAACUACAUUCACUAAACCUCUCUAUCUAGGACUUGGAUUAAGCAUGAACUCAACAGUUAAACUGGCGUCUUUAACCAUUUAAAAGAUAUAGAGAUCAUGUAAAUAAUGUUGGCAUAAAUGCCUAAAUAAUGUAAAUGCAAUAUGAUAUGAUGAGUCUUUAUCAUAUUUACAAAUAUGUAACAUAUUCAGUGUUACGCACACUUCUUAUCAUUUCAGAUACAGCAUACAGAUAAUCCUCAUAUUGUGGAAAUGAAUUAAUAAUGCUGCAAAAUGUACAGGAUUUACACUUUAAUAUUUUAUUUUUGAUGUACAUAAAAUUGUAAAUAAAUAAAUGUAAAUGCAACAUA